UACAGCUCCCGGCGGGCCGUGCCCGCGCUGCCGCGGGGACGGGCUGAGAUGGCGACGGCGCGGCUGAGCGGCACCGAGAACCGUCUGGUGUCGCUGCCCCUGUCGCGGAUCCGCGUCAUCAUGAAGAGCUCCCCGGAGGUCUCCAGCAUCAACCAGGACGCGCUGUUCCUCACCGCCAAGGCCACGGAGCUUUUUGUUCAGUAUUUGGCUACAUACUCCUACAAACACGGCAGAGGGAAGGAGAAGAAUGCUCUGACUUACACUGACCUGUCUCAUACAGCAGAAGAGUGUGAGACCUUUCAGUUCCUUGCAGAUAUCUUGCCAAAGAAGAUCCUAGCUAGCAAAUACCUGAAAAUGCUUGAAAAGGAGAAGCGAGAUGGAGAAGUGAGGGAAGACGAUGAUGAGGGUGAGGAGGAAGAGGAUGAAGACGAAGCUGUUGGUGACAGUGUUGGAUCUUAAGGCCAAUGGAGAAUUGUUUCACAGUUGUUCCAUUUUCUAUUGUAUAAAGGAUGUUAUUUUUGUGACUGAGAAUCCAGAUGCUGGAUAUAUUUAUACACUGAGCCAUCUGCUUUUGCUUUAAGACAUUUAGAAAUUGAACUUUAUACUUGUUGGAGAAUGGAAUUCUUCCCUCAGAAACACGGUGGGGUAGGAAGAGACAGUGCAAACCUGACAGCAGAGCUUGGUCAGAUAAUUUGAAAUGACUUUGUCAGACAAUCAUUACCAAAAUUUAGUAUUUCUUUCAGGCAGCUUUCAGUUCAAAAGCUCCAACAGUGGACCAAGUCCAUUUAAAAAGUCUGUAAAAACAGCCAUGUGGGCACCCAGAUGGGAAAGGAAGAGAUCCAUCCCAAGAGCUAAUGUGGUUCUGCAGCUGUGGUGGUAAAUGGGGUAGAAAAUUAUGGAAAUCUAGAACCCUGUUCUUGAAUGAACUCAGGCAGUUUCCCUUGCCAAAAAGCACAUUGAAGUCUGUUAAUUCUGGGUUCCUGAGAAUGAGCAGCUCCUUUACCAAGUGAGUGACAGAGAUGGAUUUUUCAUUUGGUUUUGGUUUGGUUUUUUCUUUUCUUUUUUUACUACAGAAAUGGCAACCGUCCCAUGUAGAACUUCAGAUGCAAUUUUUUUAAAAUAAACAUUUUGUAUGAAAACUGA